GAAAAUAAAUAAUAAAAAGGAAGGAGAGAGAUAGAAUAGAGAGAGACACACAACAAGAAAGGGAAGGAGAGGAAGAAGAGGAGGAGGAGGAGGUGGUGCCGUGGUAUGGCCUUUGAGGUUGCCAUGCCUCCCCCAAGAUCCUAAGGCAGCCAGCUCGCGACCCUUCCUCGGAUCAAAACCGGUGCGCCCCUGCCCCGCCCCCUGUUCACCGCUCUUCCGCGGCCCCGCCGUUCCAAAUUCUGCUCCAUUCCGUGCCCAAUUGCUGCGUGUUUCGAUCGGUUCUUGGAGCCGGGCAUUCCUGGGCGGAAGGAGGAGGCGGAGUGGGAGAUGGAGGCGGACGCCGGGAAGCUGUUCAUCGGCGGCAUCUCGUGGGAUACCAACGAGGACCGCCUAAGGGAGUACUUUGAGAAGUACGGCGAGGUGGUGGAGGCCGUCAUCAUGCGCGACCGGGCCACCGGCCGCGCCCGGGGCUUCGGGUUCAUCGUGUUUGCCGACCCGGCAGUUGCAGAGCGGGUCAUAAUGGAGAAGCAUAUGAUCGAUGGGCGCAUGGUGGAGGCGAAGAAAGCUGUUCCUAGGGACGAUCAGCAAGCUCUUAGCAAGAGUGGUGGCAGUACUCAUGGAUCACCAGGGCCCAGUCGCACCAAGAAGAUAUUUGUCGGUGGUCUUGCGUCCACCGUGAAUGAGGCAGACUUCAGGACAUACUUUGAGCAGUUUGGCACGAUCACUGAUGUUGUCGUGAUGUAUGAUCACAACACACAGCGUCCUAGAGGGUUUGGAUUCAUAACUUAUGAUUCAGAAGAAGCUGUGGACAAGGCAUUGUUCAAAACCUUCCAUGAACUAAAUGGUAAGAUGGUUGAGGUCAAGAGGGCUGUUCCUAAGGAGCUAUCACCUGGACCUAGCAUGCGCUCUCCUGCUGGUGGAAUCAACUAUGUCAUGAACAGGGCCAAUAGCUUUCUCAAUGGGUAUACCCAAGGUUACAAUCCAAGCCCAGUAGGUGGCUAUGGAAUGAGGAUGGAUGCAAGGUUUGGGCUUCUAUCAGGCGGCCGUAGCAGUUAUCCUUCUUUUGGUGGUGGUUAUGGAAUUGGUAUGAAUUUUGACCCAGGGAUGAACCCUGGUAUUGGUGGAAGCUCAAGCUUCAACAAUAGUGUCCAGUAUGGACGUCAGAUCAAUCCAUACUACAGUGGCAAUUCGGGUAGAUACAAUAGCAACAUUAGCUAUGGUGGAGUCAAUGAUAAUUCUGGGUCAGUGUUUAACUCGCUGGCUCGUAAUCUAUGGGGUAAUUCAGGUCUUAAUUACUCUUCCAACUCUGCAAACUCUAGUUCCUUCAUGUCAUCUGCAAAUGGGGGCCUUGGUGGAAUUGGUAACAACAAUGUGAAUUGGGGAACCCCUCCUGUGCCUGCUCAAGGUGCUAGUGCUGGCUCAGGCUAUGGCAGUGGGAAUUUCGGUUAUGGAUCCAGCGAAAAUAACUUUAAUCUGAGUCCUGGUGCUUAUGGAAGGAACGCUGGAUCAGGCGGCGUCAAUGCUUCACUCAACCAAUCAAGCAAUGGAUAUGGAAGGAACUUUGGAGAUUCAUCAGGAGCUGGUGGUGGCUCCAUCUAUGGAGACACAACUUGGAGAUCUGGAUCUGAGCUUGAUGGAACCAGCCCAUUCGGGUAUGGGCUUGGGAAUGCAGCUUCAGAUGUUACAGCAAAGAGCUCAGCGGGUUACAUGGGGCAUUAACAGAUAGAGGAAUGACGCCGCCUAGGAAUCUUUUUCACAUACAGCAAUUUGUCAUAAUAGGUUGAGGAGAGAACCGCAGGUGCAUCAGGUGCAAAUUUUGAACUUCACAUGAUUAAAGGCAUGGGUUAGUUAAUAGAGCUUACCAGGGAGUUGGUCAAAGAGAUCAGAUUAUCCUCAGAGGACCUUUUAAGAGUACCUGCAUUGUGUAAGGUUUGAGAUUGUGGUUUCGGAUUUCUACAGCGAGUUAGGUUUUGGCAACCCUGGGUUUUUUCCUGGUUGAGAUGUGAAGUAAGAUUGCGGAAUAUAUAUGUCUGAAGAGUGUUCAGUUGUACGGCGGCGUUGCCCCCCCAAUAUAGACCCACCCCUUUUUGGGUUUUUGUUCGUAUAGUACUAGAAACUGCUUUAGCGUUCUUCGAACUGUGUGCUAGCUCUUGUUAUCAGGAUAUGAUAAUUUUCCCCUUUCUUGCUUUUUUAUCUUACUGAAGUGUAUGUACCAGAGGUCUGGUCUGUGUUUUUCCCUAGUGCAACUUUUGAGGGAUGCUCCUUCUGGGUCCCAAAGAAUAAUAAUGGUACAAUAUAUUCUAAUUCAUUUUGAGGCUUUUUCCCAAGGCUA